GGUAGAUGAUUGAGUUACCCCGCCUAGACCGCCGCAGACAUGGCUUCCAGUACUUUCAUCUUGAAGCUGUCAAACGAACUACUGCGCGAUGUCCUGGACCAUAUCGAGGCCGAUCCCGAGAAGCUGGUUGGACUCGACCGUCGGGCGUACCUAUCACAGGAGAGCUUUAGCAUCAGACCGCCACCCAUCCCAGAACGGAGCCAGGCACAGGACAUUGGCAACUUUCGACUAGCUUGUAGGCGCUUCUCCGAGCUGGGCGCCAUACAUCAGUUCUCACGCGUCACCACGCGUUUUUCUCGAGGGGGUUUGAGGAGGUUAGAGAAUAUAGCGGGGCGGGAACACCUUGCCAAGCAUGUUAAGAAAUUUAGUUACAUGGUACCGUAUUUUUACGUCAAAGGUCCUCCUACCCAUUCAACCCAACACCUCCAAAUAGACUCCACUGACUUUGCACCACCUGCAGGCCGAGAAAGACUUAAUGAACUGCUUCCCAAUUUGCCCGAAAGUCUCGGUGCACUGGAUGUGAGUCACUUUGUCACAAAAGCAACAGAACAGAGAGAGAUCGUUGAGACCGAAGAAGAUGUACGCGUUCUCAAGAAGGCAUUACUAGCAUUCACAUCCCUCCAACAUGUGCAGAUUCUCAGAGUUCAGGACCAUGAGGAUCAAAUGCUCAUCUCUUACAUUCGACAACACGAGCACAGCCAUCAGCUAGUAGAGCUCAACUGGGCGCCAGCAUGCUCGCACAGUACAAAGACUCUCGUCGUCGCUCUCCUUGCCUCCAGGUCACCAUGCUCGCGCUUUUCCUCACCUAUGCUAAGCCCGCAAUCUGCCGUCGUGCUUGUGGAGCGGCCGUUGCAGUCGUUUUCGACUCUUGCAGAGCGGCUGACGUGUCUGGAGCUCCACUUCGACGAUGGCAACGAUCUUGACAACAAGAUGCGCGAGCUAUCGUCAGUCUUCAAGACUGUUUUCACUGCUGCAAAGAACAUGCAAGCAGUCCAUGUCGGCUUCCCAUCGCACCGACCACUAGGCCUGAAACUCGAGGAGCUUUUCCAUAAUGUUCGGUGGGAGAAGCUAGUAGCUUUCGGCAUUCAGUCCUGGAGACUGGAUGCAAGCGAAAUAAUUGCCAUGGCUAAGCGGCAUCGAGAGCGACUAAAAGGCCUGAGGCUGCGCGACGUGCAGCUGAAGGAGGGCAGCAUGUGGAAAGACGUGCUAGGCUAUCUGCACGACGACAUGCUUCGCCUAGACUGGGUGAGUCUUCGUCGCAUCGGCUACGAAAAGACCUUUGAUGCACAGUGGUCCAUGGGUGCCGAGGUGCCAGAUGACCCGCCAGGUGGCGGGAGUGACAGCGACGACGAGAGCGACACCUGGGAUCCGCAUGCUGACCUUGACGACGAUGAUGAUAAUUAUGAUGACAUGGCUGAUGACCAGCCACAGAGUCAGACAAACUUCGACAACGCAGAUCAGGAUGGAGACAGUGAUUCCGACACCUCGACCUGGGAAUCAGAAGAUGGCACCGAGGCUGAAGAAGGUGCGUCUGGCGACGCUGGCAUGGGCUUUCCACCGCUAUCGCCAGACACUCCUUCAAGCCUACGCUGGUGCAACUGCAAUGGCCACAAUACGUACCCAAGCUCAGCCGAGGAGCUUGAUGACGACGGUGAGAUAGUCAGCAAUGUCAAGAGGAAGAUGUGGGAGAAGUGGGUCGUCAGAAGGUGCUUCCAACACAGCUUCAAAUGA